CAAAGAGCCGAGGGAGGACUUGCUCACUUCCGCACCAUGUGACCGAUCCUGCGACACUGACGCUCCUUCGUGCCGGGCUGCACCCACCCUUCCCUGGCAUAGAGGAGCAGCAGGCCCCGCUAAUAAACCAGUGACGGCCAGCCGCCAGAUCACCCAGCAUGUCCGCGGACGUCGCGGUGUCUCUGGCGGUGAUGGCGUCGGCCGUCGUCCUGAGCGACGCCGCGCGCCGGAUCUCCAGGCACCUGCUCCCGAGAACGAGCAUGCGCGAGUACGCGGCGGAGUUUGCGUCCGCCUUCCAGUUGUGCUGCUGCACAAAUGAGCUUCGACUCCUGGGCGAGACGGGUGCUCUCCGAGGCGGAGCCGCACUGGCGUUGACUUACGCGGCCGCCGUGGUGCACGCGCUCACUUUCCGCGGUGCUACUGGAAACCCCAUCGGCGUGCUUGAGCACGCGUACCGCGGCAGGACGUCGGGAGCGCGCGCGCUGCUGGGCAUCGUCUGCCAGUUCUUGGCCGCCGCCGCCUCGCGCCCUAUCGUGCAGGUGCUCUGGGGGCGGGGCCUGUCCGGGAUGCACGCACGCCACGCGCUCAAAAACUUCCAGUGCGCGAGCGCCAUUCGCGCGACGUUGCCGGAGGCCGUGUGCGUAGAGAUGGCGUGCGCGUUUGCCGUCCAGAGUGCGCACGCUCACACCCGCAGGAUACAAGAGAAGUACCGAGUUCAUGUUGUAGCCGCUGUCAUCACGUCUGUUGUGUACGCAGGUGGUAGCAUGACUGGGGCAGUGUACAAUCCUGCAUUGGCUUUCUCAACUCAAUUUGGCUGCAUUGGAAACUCGUUGGCGGAAUACUGCAUGGUCUAUUGGAUGGGACCCCUGAUGGGCAUGCUGGCAUCCGUGUUGAUUUUUGACCCAACAUCCAGCCAGCCGUCUCCUCAGCAUGUCACCAAGAGGAAAUGAUGAAGCUGCAUCAACAUGAGCACAAACUAAAAGACAAGUUUCUUAUCUCAAGUGUGAAGAGCUUUUAGGAUUUGUCCAUAGUAGUUCCUGAAGCAUUGUUAUGUUCCAAUCAUAACUUUUUGAGGCCACUAAAAAAAGUACAAUGUUAUCAACAUAUUAACUGUUAUUAAUAUUUUCUGGGUAGCUAUUUAUUCCUCAAUUCUAAUACUAUUCAAAUUGAUCAAAGGUUGGAUUUCCCAGCAGCCAUGAAUGCAGCACAAAUUUUGUGAAUAAAAUACAAAAACAUUUCUA